AUAGCAAACCCUGUUAUCCAAAUUUUUACUCAUCAUAUUCGCCUCACCAUAUAGACAACUGUAUAGAGGGGACGAUAAAAUUAUCUCAUAUCAAAUUUCACUCGAAAAUAUUUCAGUCACUUAAAGCAACAACCAUUAAAGAACUCUCAAACUCUGUUAUCACAAACUAUCCAACAUGAGUUCUCCUUCCCAGGCCGGGCCCUCGUCCCGUAGAGAGGAGAAGAAAGAGAAGGGAUUCAGCAAGCUUCUUACUCGCACCAAAACUUUCCUCAAGCGAGAGGGCUCCUCAUCUGCUUCUAAGCGUCAGUCGACUCUCUCGACCACCAAGCCUGCCGCUCCAGCCAAGCCUGAGGAGACUCCCCAGACGAGUCAACCUCCUGCUCCCGAGAACAAGAAAUUGGAAGCUAGGGCUAAAUAUGAAGGCUUAGAGGGCGUCUCCAAACUCACUAGGAGCCAGUUGAUCGAAGAGCGUGCUAAGAAGCUUGGUGAGCGCUAUGGACUUGAUAUCAACGUUUCCGAACUUCAGACCAGAUCGCCCGACGACACCGUUCUCCGCAUUGACAAGCCGAUCCGUAUGCGCGUACGACGAACCUGCCACAAGUGCAACUCCACCUUUUCUUCUGCCAAGGAGUGUCCCAACUGCCAGCAUGCCCGUUGCACCAAGUGCACCCGUUACCCUCCCAAACGAAGCGAAGCCGAGAUUAUCGCCAGCCGUGAGCGACGUGCCGCUAUCAUCAAAGCCAACAAGGAGAACGCCCCUAUUAUUCCCGACUACUCUUACGCCUUUGACGAGAAGAAGAUCGUCCUUACUCGACCUAGCAAGACAGGUGGUCAGGACUUGGUUCACAAGAAGCCUCGUCAACGCGUGCGAAGGACCUGCCAUGAAUGUUCGACUCUGUUUAUCUCUGGUAAUAAAACCUGUGAGAAGUGUGGCCACGUUCGCUGCACUGACUGUCCUCGAGAUCCCCCCAAGAAGGAGAAGUAUCCAUAUGGUUAUCCUGGAGAUGAAUUCGGUCCUAGCAGUGUGCCACACUAUGAGUGUAAGGAGUGCAAGACUAUAUUCCCAACCGGUGCUGAAAAUGGAACCAAAUGCACAAAAUGUGGUUCGGAGAAAACAGACGACUCGCCCCGUGUCAAACCCCGCAAAGUCGAACCUGAACCAGACCCGGAGAUAUUGAAGAGGCUACAGGAGCGGCUUGAGAAUCUAAAAGUGGCAUAACUUGCAUACACCAUAAGACUCUUGAACUCGGGAGUCGGGGACGAAGAGAGGAUGCUAUUUCAUUUUAUCGUUUUACACAACCACA